AUGACCACCCGUCCCACAACACCGGCGUCCCCAAAGAAUGCAAAAGUCAAAUCCCCUGCACCAGGCAUCCCCGUGUUCGGGUGCGAACAUGUCCAGCUUCUCCUAUCCCAGGGACAAGAAGUUAUGAACAGCUCAAUUACACAUUAUAAAAUGAUACUUCGCGGCAUAUUUGAUUCGACGCCGAUUGUACCUCAAACAUCAACAAGCCAAGAAGGGCGUCCCGUCACCUCGCUCACCUCCAACUACCUCUGCCUCCAAUGCCCCACUACAGUCACCGAAGAGGAUCGUCUCCGACACGGAUCGAAGAAAUCACACCGCUUUUACGUCGAUUCUCGAAGCGGUUCUUUAUAUUGCCAAAUAUGCGACGAUUUAGUUUGGGACCCGACCCUGGAAGAACUUCGCGUACGUAAAAUCGGGACUGGGUCAUUCUCCGGGCGCAAGAGAAGGCCUGACGAGCUCUUCAUGGACUCGAUAAAAGAAGAUCCCCGUUACAUAAGCUCCAACACGACGAUAUCGUCUUGCAGGGCGAAUGGCUUGCGGGGCAUCUACAAUGCUGGUGCCACAUGUUACCAGAACGUUGUGCUUCAGAGCUUCCUGCAUAAUCCGCUCUUGCGCAACUUCUACCUCAGCGACGGACAUCAGAGAAACCCCGACUGCCUUGAUUCUCACUGCCUGAGCUGUGCCAUGGACGACAUGUUUCAAGACUUUUACGCGUUGGAAAACACCAAUGGUUACACGGCAGCGAAUAUCUUGUCUGGCUUCUGGAUUUCUGAGAAGAAGGCUUUCGAAAACCUCGUCACGACAAAGGAGCAGGACGCGCACGAAUUCUUCCAGUUUCUGGCCGAGGAGCUGCACGAACGCAACGGAGACGGCAAGAGGCCGGAAAUAGGGUCUGAGCACAGCUGCAACUGCAUCAUUCACCAAACGUUCUACGGGAAGAUGCAGACAACGACGACUUGCCAGAACUGCAAGGGAACUACUAAUACCGUGCAAUCAUUCCUGGAUCUCAGUCUCGGCCUCGACACUCUGAUGCAAAGAAGGGCCAAAAAGACGGGCCAAAAAGUGCCAGCCUUGACCCUGAAUGACUGCUUGGACGAAGAGUAUGUCAAGUUUGACAAGUGCGAAUACCGCUGCCACGGCUGUUCUUCCCCUCAACAAGCAAAACGCUACACGAGCAUCAAGCGUCUGCCCAACGUCUUGUCGAUCCAGCUCAAGCGUUUUGAGUACAAGCAGGGCAGACACGAUCGAGCAGCCUCCAAGAUUGACCAUGGCGUCCAGUUUCCCCUGCAGCUCAACAUGCUCCCUUACACCAACAGGGUUCGCAACCGAGACAACCGGGAAAGCCUAGAAUUGGAACGGUCCUGCAUGUACGAUCUCUUGAGCGUCGUUGUGCACGUGGGAGAAAUAGAGACGGGCCACUAUGUAUCGUACUGCAGGGUCGCCGAUCAGUGGUUCAAGUUCAACGACCACAGAGUAGAACUAGCCACCAUUUCAGAGGUUCUGGGUGCGCAAGCCUACUUGCUGUUUUAUAUAAUACGCUCCCUGGCGUAA